AUGUCAUUUUUAAGAGGGUCAGAAAACUUUGUGUGGUGUACAACUAGCGUUUUGGGCAAAGGUGCUACUGGUGCUGUUUUUCAAGGAGUUAAUAAAAAUAAUGGAGAACCAGUAGCAGUUAAGACUUUCAAUCAACUUAGUCAUAUGAGACCUCACGAUGUUCAAAUGCGUGAAUUCGAGGUUUUAAAGAAAGUAAAGCAUGAAAAUAUUGUUAAAUUAUUAGCUAUUGAAGAGGAACAAGAAGGCAGAGGAAAGGUUAUUGUAAUGGAACUCUGUACAGGUGGCAGUUUGUUUAAUAUUUUGGAUGAUCCUGAGAAUACUUAUGGCCUACAGGAGCAAGAGUUUUUACUGGUCCUCGAACAUUUGACUGCUGGAAUGAAGCAUUUACGUGAUAAUAAUUUAGUUCAUAGAGACUUAAAGCCAGGGAACAUAAUGAAGUUUAUUAAUGAGGAUGGAACUACAACAUAUAAGUUAACAGAUUUUGGUGCUGCAAGAGAAUUGCAAGAAGAAGAACAAUUUGUUUCAUUAUAUGGCACUGAAGAAUAUUUACAUCCAGAUAUGUAUGAGAGGGCUGUAUUGAGAAAGCCUGUGGGGAAAAGUUUUGGGGCAACAGUGGAUUUAUGGUCCAUUGGGGUGACCUUAUACCAUGUAGCAACUGGGCAGCUGCCGUUCAGACCUUAUGGAGGAAGAAGAAAUAAAGAGACUAUGUUUUACAUAACAACUAAAAAAGCAUCUGGUGUAAUAUCUGGUACACAAACAACUGAAAAUGGUCCUAUAGAGUGGUCUCGGGAACUCCCCUCACAUUGCCAACUGAGUGUAGGUCUCCGCAAGUUAGUUACACCUUUGCUGGCUGGAUUAUUGGAAGUAGAUCCACACAGAAUCUGGACUUUUGAUAGAUUCUUUUCAGAAGUCCAAACGGUAACAUCUACUACGCCAGUCCACAUCUUCCAUGUCAACAAAGCAGCUAGUAUCAAGGUGUUCUUGAAACCGGAGGAGAAAUAUGAGCAUCUACAGACAUACAUAUGCGAGCAGACCAGCGUCGUCGCCGAGUCCCAGAUUCUGCUGUACAAGGACACCUUGAUUCUCUCGGAGAUCGACGAAAACACACUGGGCAAGGACUACCCGGAGACGACGGCGGAGGAGCCGCUGAUGCUGUUCAACAAGAACAAUAACAACGUGUGCAUGGCGCCCGAGCCCGACGUGCCCAAGUUCCCCGUCUUCCCCAACAUAGUGUCCGUCGAGAACGACGCCGCCCAGGCCAAGACGGCGUGCAGCGUGGGGCACGUGGUGCGGCGCCGCGUGGAGGCGCUGUGCGCCGCGUCGCGCCAGUGCGGCGCCUGCGUGGCGCGCUGGGGCGGCCUGCUGGCGCGCCGCCUCGAGGCGAGUACCGCUACCUCACUACAUACACUUUUACUUCAUUCAUCAUUCAUUUCAAACAGUUUUAAGUUC